AUGAGAAGGGACUUGUUCAAUUUUCCUGCCAUUGUUCCUGGAAGCCCCCGUCUUGCAAAUUCUCAGAAAGCCAUGGCAGAUAUUGGACGGAGAGAAUGGUCGGAAAAACCUCGACAGACGGCCUUUGCAUCAUGCACUGACAUCACAGCCGCUGUGACUGAUGAAGCGUCAAUAAGGAGUUUUACAGAUGAAUCAAUCACCACAGGCAAGAUAAAAAGGCUGAACCAAGUUGAAAAGGUUCCUACCACCGGCAUGGAGAUAGUUCAGUUGUUCCUUAAGAAUAAAGAUGUGGGAGAACUACAGGUUUUUUACUUGAAGGAACAAGAGGGUGCCUCUUACAGACCCUAUGACCUGCGAGUGGUCCCAACCAGUGAGGCUGGUUCUGAACACUAUGUCUUCACCCCAAAAACGGUGCUGCAUGUCACACAGAAAGGUUCCGGAGACCUGGUCUCUGUGGAAAAGUGGUUCAGGGAGUCGGUGCUCUGGACAGCUUUGCAGGCCAUCCCCUUUUUUGGGAAGUUCAUUCUACGAAAUGCCACCACUCUGUGGUAUAGAAAUAUGCGUGAGAUUGUUUACAAGCGAAGGUUUGAGAAAGUGCAGGCCCACCUGCUUACGAACAUCCCCCAGUACAGAAAUGGGCUUCUUCUUUUAUCAAGAGCAAUGAGAGAACUGGAAGUGACACACUUGUUACCACUGGAUGUGUCAAAAACAUACACAUUGCUGGAAUUUCAGAAUGCUCUAGAAACCAGUAUGCAAAAUGCCUUGAACCGUCUAAGGCAGUUCUCACAAUUUCGCAUUGACAUCCUUAAUAAGGCCAAAGAAGAGGGUUACAAGAACCUCAAGGAGCUUCAGGAGCACUUCUCCUAUGCCGAAUUGCCACAUCACUGUUGCAAGCCCAUGCACCUACACCAGGCCCAUCUCAAUGAGCUUCAGAAGGACUUAGCACAUGCCAAAAACAUCCUACAGAAGCUAGGCAACUUUGCAGCUCUCGUCAAUUACAUUAUCAUGCAGAAUCUCGUCACCGUCGUUCAGAAAAGUGUCACCUUGUUCCUUAACGACUUUCUGAAGAGAGAUAAUUCUCUUGGGUGGUGCCUGUUCCAAACGGACAUGAGUCUCGGUGCUGGUGAUCUUAAAGACAACAACGAAAUGCCUCAUCUCGCAGACUAUAGCUGUUGUCGGUGGAUCAGAGAACAGCGCCCCGGUUGGGAGUUGAUGAUGACAAUGCAGGGCCACACAAUGCCUUGCUCCUACUACCCUCUAUCCAAAGAACAACUUAUGUGGUAUAUUACUAUUAAUGAUAUUACAAUAAGUAUCAACAAAGAGCAAACUGAGUUAAUGCAGGCAACUGAGUCUGAGAUCCAACAGCUGUUGGAGAAUUACACGUGGGUGCUGGACGUCCAUGUUUUCAUCAGCCAAUGGAGUCCAGCCUCUUUAGAAAACUUGAAAGGUCAACCUGCUUUACUGUAUGAGGAAUUAAUUAAGAAGCUGCGCCAGUGGCUUGAACGAAUCCACGCCGCCCCCUCAUCCAUGUCUACCUCCAACCAGCUGUUCAUCAUACAUUGCACCCACGUGAAGGAGUAUAUAGGAAUGCAUAAACGUUUGGAAUACGUUCAUACCCUCCAGGACAGUAUUUGCACCUUUUUUAGAGCGAUGACCACCCAGGAGCUGAGUGUGGGGAAAAAGAUGUUGGACAUGUGGGAUUGCUUUUAUUUACACUUGAAGCACGCAGCUAGCUCCCUGCAUUCACGUCUUCCUGCAGUAGCAGCUGCACUUUACGCAAUGUUUCCAUUGAUAUCUUCUGAUUUAAGAAGUAUAGUCGAGAAUUACACCUCUGGGCCGUUCCUUGACCCAAGGCAAAAUGCUGAACAGUUAGCUUCUGAAUUGAAAUACAGUCGUCUUCGCGUGGAGACCGCCUCAGCCAAUCUGGAACAGCUUGCUAGGAUUGGUGAAAUUUUCCCAGCUCAAGAGCAAAUCAACCUUUGGCAGCAGCAAGUUGCAAACAUUUCACGCAUUGUACCUGCUGGUGAUUCAGUGAUCCAGGAGAUUUCAGAAUCCAUUAAUGAUUUAAGCUAUCGGCUUAAACUGUUAGCCAGGUUUAAGACCCGCACAAUCAAACCGAAACACCGGAGAACUUUUUUCAAAGGCAUUGGGUUAUGGGAUGCCUCUGAUAAGAAUGCAACUCUGGCCCAAAUUGUCUAUCAUCCUUUCGACCUUCACCAGGAACUCAUGAACAAGUUAUGCGAAGAUGCACAAAAAGAAAAUUCCAUGGAACAGGCCUUUCGAAUAAUUCAACAAGCAUGGAGGAACCGUAUUUUCCAGCUGCACAACUAUACCUCUCCUUAUGCUUCAUGGGAUGCGGAAAUUAUUACCGGUCUAGAAUUCCUCUUCUCUGAAAUAGAAAAGGAUGUGAUGACUAUGACUUACAUGCAUAGGUCACGACACAGUGUUGACUUUAGGAUGGAAGUAGAAGAGUGGAUACACUUACUUCAAGAGCUUGAGAAGUUGCUACGUUUCUUUAAAAUCUAUCAGCAAAAAUGGAUCUUCCUGACCAACUUAUUUGAAGAAGAUACCUUGAGUGUUAAAAGAUGGGACUUGCUACCUCACUUUCGUACAAUUGAUGAGAGUUUCAGGACAAUGACCCAUUAUAACUCAACUCACCCCAACGUGUUGAAUCUUGUUCGUCCCAUUGAAGUGAACGGCAGUGCCCACGGUGCAAACCUUUGCCAAAUUCUCCUUGAAGAUAUAUCGACGAUGAACAGUAUUUCCAACCAAAUGGCAAAUCGUCUGCAUUCAUUUUGCAAAUGGUUUCCAAGACUGUACUUCUUAAGUGAAAGAGAAGUAGUGGACCUACUGUCUUUGCAACCAAAACCAACCUCGCUGUUACCUUAUGUACGAAAGUUCUUUAAAGGAGUAAAUUGGCUGGAAGUGGAAGAAAUAUCUGUAGCAGUGGAUCUGCAGGAUACAAGUGACACACAGAGCAGAGUACUUGGGAUUUUUGGCAACCUGAAGGAGCACAUUACAUUUCUUACUCCAUUGGAACAGAAUGACAAUCCUUUGAUUUGGCUCAGUAUGUUUCAGAAAGAACUCAAUUCAACAAUGAAACAUCUCGUGAGUCAGUGUGCUGAUGAACGAAAACAACUUGAACCAUCUAAUCAAGAGUCUGCGCAUGGCAACACCUGUAGAAAUAUGUUACCUGCGUUCGAUUUGAUAUCCAAAUAUCCUCUUCAAUGUCUUCUUGUAGCAGAGGAGACAAUGUGGUGCCGUGUCCUUCAUCAAGCUUUCCAAGAAUCAAGCACAGUUAAGAUGAGUAGGAUUAACGCAUUAAUCAGCGCACAACUGAAAAAGCUUUGCAAGUCCUUAGGGGAUGCUAUUCCAAUGUCUAAAAAUGAUGAACAACACUCAAAAUACACAGAGACAUGUUUGCGUACCUUAGUGCUCCUUAGAAUGAAACAUGCACAGCAACUAAUGCAACUCAUGCAGGUUCAAUGUCAACCUGCGUCAUCUUUUGAGUGGCUGAGUUCUCUCAAGUACUGCAUGACCUCAGAAGGUCAGAGUCCAGAAGAAACUGAUGCGCCAGAAUGUUAUGUGGACAUUUUAGGCCAUAGACUACCAUAUGGUUAUGAGUAUUUUGGUCCAGAAGAUUGGGGAAUGGUGCAUACUCCCUCCACAGAUCGAAUGAUCAUGGGGAUUCUGCUUGCUUUGACGAGCUAUAGAUCUGGAAUUUUGAAUGGACCGUGCUCUUCGGGGAAGACAAAUACGGCGGUCCAUUUAGGGAAAGCAUUAGGUAGACAUGUUGUGAUGCUAAACUGCUGUCCAAACAUGUCAUCUGGUAUUUUUCAAAAGAUGCUGCUUGGUGCUCUGUUGACAGGCGCUUGGUUUGUGCUGGACUCUGUGGACUUGUUGCCUCGAAGUGUGCAGGCAUCACUGGCACAACAGCUUGAGGACAUUUACCAAUUUUUCUCUGAGUUUACAAGGAAGAAAACAGAUCAGGGAACGACUGCCUCGGAUUGCAAGAGCACAUUUGAUCCAGGAAGAUUUAUGGUAUUUUCAGGGAUAAAAAUGACUCCCAGCCUCAACUACGGUUGUCUUCUCAUUUCGUCAAAAAGAUACGCCUCCGAGAUUUCGCAAAGUUUGCGAUUUUCAACCAGACCUGUGGCGUUAACCCAUCCUGAUCAUCGGAUAAUUGUGGAGAUAAUGCUAACUCUCUAUGGUUUUAAAAAGGCAAAGUGUUUAAGUCAACGUCUGGUAUCACUCAUCAGCCUGAGCAAAGACGCUCUCUGUCUGCCAGUCUUUGUCACGCAAAAGAAUCAUUGUCACCUUGCCAUUUUGAAAAACAUCAUAUCUGCCUCAAGAAAACUAUUAAAACAAAUUGUUCGGGAUGAGAAAUUAUUCGGGGAGGCUAGACAGUCUUUUGUAAUACGAGCUAUUCUCAAGUCUCCAGAAAAUGAAAAUGUCGAAGAUUUGGACGAGCAUCAAGAACAAGCAAUCUUCCCAGGAUUAUUGGAAGAAAUAGCUGUUGUCAAGGCAAUUCAUUCAGUGUUACUGCCAUUUAUUUGCACGUCGGAAAAAGUUUCACUGUUCGCCUCCAUUUUCAAAGAAGUGUUCCCUAUAGCCUGCCAGCUUCCCUUUAUUCUAUAUUAUACCGAGGAUGAACAAAACAGCAAACUUAAGGAAGCAGUGACAGAAGAAUUAGAUCAGCUCCUGUUUCAAUCUAACACAGAAACAAUUUGCCAAGCUCUUACACUUUACGAGACGUUGGGUUUCUCGCGUGCAGUUAUACUCCUCGGACCCACCGGGUGUGGAAAAACAACCUGUUACAAUGCUCUGGCAGGAGGCCUCAGUCGACUAGCAAACACAACUGAGGGAACUAAAUCUGAUGAAAAAAUAUAUCUAGUGGAUACCACUCAGAUCUCUGCGUCUAACUGGCGCUCUGUCAACAUUGUGGUUUUAUUUCCAAACGCCAUGACUCAUGAGGAGUUAUUUGGUGGGUUCUGUGACAAAUUUGGUUGGCAAGAUGGAGCUGUGAGCAAGGCCUUAAGAGAUUCGGAAAGACCAAAUUUAGAAAUGCGCGAGAUGGAGAAGCGUAGCCACGAGAAUAAAGCAGUGAAGUGGCUGGUUAUGGAUGGAGAGCCACUAGGAAAACCGAGCUGGCUAGAUCACUUGAGCACACUGAGUGAUCUUGAGAACCCAUUUUUAAGCCUACCAUCUGGUGAAACACUCAUGUUAUCCCAAUCACUCUUCAAGUUUCUUGUGGAGACGACUGACUUAAGCGAUGCAAGUCCCUCUGUGGUGACCCGUUGUAGCCUUAUUUAUUUUAAUGGCGUGGAUGUUUGGAACGCAGUGUGGAAGCGCGAAAUGGAUUCCCUCCAUAGCGAGUUCAUUCACGAGCAGGAAACUCUUGAACUGUGGUCUCAUCUAUCAGAAGAUCUUUUCUCUAGGACUCUUAGUUUGAUGAAGAAAAACAACAUUUCCAACAAAGGUCAAUCCUCAACGUACGGCCUGGCAGAAAUAACGUCAUUUUUUCGAAUCCUGCGUGGCCUCCUGCUGCAUUUUGCCAGACAACUAAAAAACAAAGAAGCCACAGGCCAAAAAGACAAAAAAGGUAGGCCUGGUAACAAUUCCAAUAUAAGAGAACAACUUUUUCUGUUGGCUUAUAUUUGGGGAUUUGGUGGUCAUCUCCAUCCUCGACUUUGGCCACAGUUCGACAAAGUUGCCCGUCAAGUACUGACUGACAGUCGAUCUCAAAUAGUUAUUCCACGAGAAGGGACUGUUUUUGAGUUCUUCUUUGAUAUCGACAACAAGAUAUAUUCUGAGAACACAUUGUUGACGAAAUCCAUCACUCCUAAGUAUUGGAAAUAUACCUGCCUGCUCAAAGUCAUGUUAGAAGCGAUCCAGCCGGUAUUGCUUGCAGGAGAGCCUGGUUCGGGAAAAUCUUCUGUAUGUAACACACUGCUAUGUUUUGAUAAGCCUCACAUUAAAGUACCAGCUAGUUCUAUACGGGGUCCAGAAGACCUGCGCCAUUUACUCUGUGGAAUUAGCUGUCAAAUGAGUUGUCAAAAAACCAAGGGUAUCAUGAAGAAACAGCCAGGUUUAAUGCUGUAUGUGGAUGAUUUGCAUGAGACACCAAGCGAUGUGACUGGCAAGAGUUCCAAAAUCUUAGAGACUCUUCGACAAAGUAUUUCAAAAGGAGGGAUUCUUGCAAUUGAUUCUGACCACUUCAAAGUGCUUAGUCCCGGAACCAUCACCUACCUGGCUACAUGUUGUGUCUUUGAGCUGGACAAUCCGCACAUUAGCAUCAUAUCUUCUAGGCUAUCACGUCUAUUCUCCAUCUUUGCACUUCCAAGCUUAACCACAGAGUUGAUAUUUUCUAUCUAUUCGCCAAAGCUUAAACUCUGGCUCAGGGAUGUUCCAUUUAUACCUAGGGCGGCGGAUAUGGUACGCAGCAUCAUCAAUGCAACCGAGGAUGUGUAUAAAGACGUUUGCAACCAUUUCCAGCCCACUAAACAAAGUCCUUGUUUUAUGUUCUCUCAUCGUGACUUGAAGAAAGUGUUUCAGGGAAUGUGCUUGUGGCAGCCAAUCCUUCCAAAAUCGUGGACAUUAGAGCCCAAGGCAAAAUCCAAAUGUUUCCCUGUCCCUCAAAAGCUUUUGUUCAUGGAGCUCAACAUCGUGCAUCUCUGGAUCCACGAGUGCAUGCGUGCCUUCGGUGAUCGGAUGAGCUCAGUCAAUGAAAUUACUCAACUGCAGUCGCUCAUUAGCAAGACAGCAACAGCACAUUUUAGUUUGAAGAUGAGAAAUGAAUCCAACCUCGGGGCCCUCGUUUCACAAUUAGGCCCAGCACACACCCGUAAGCCUAGAAGUCCGGCACGAAAAUUCAAACAAACUGCAUUGACAGACACCAAUUUCCCAAAUCUACAAGAAAACUUUCUUCAGUACUUGCAGGAAGUUGUUACUAAGUUUACGUAUGGCCCUGAGAUUGCUGGGAAUGACUUUCCCAGAUUCAAAAACAGGUCUUAUCAUCCACAAGAUCUCAAUGUACUUGGACAGCACCUGCUCGCACACUUUAACACGAAAAACAACGAAAAACAAAGUAUUGAUAGCCAUUUUGCCUUCAAAUAUACUGUGCACAGACAAAGGAUGUGUCAAAUGUUACGUAUUUUCAGGGCUCUGCUAAUACCGGGAGGCCAUGGACUGCUAAUGGCCUCAGGUAAUGGCACAGGACGUAAAACCAAUGUGCGUUUGGCAGCCUAUCUCUCAGGAUCUGACCUGAUAGAGGUGCACGCCGGUAACGAAAGUAAACUGCACACAAUUUUGAAAAAAGCUGGGAAUCAAACACGAGUUUAUGCAGUGAAUACCAUCAUACUGGUUCAUGAGAACAUCAGCUCCUCUGUCAGAGAAGAGCUGUUGGUGGCCCUUAUGUCCUACCCAGGGCUCUACACAGACCAGGAGUUGGCUAAGAUUGUUUCGAGGGUGACUGCUGUUUAUAAAACAAGAAGAUUCCUUUUGGACAGCUGGAUUUUUGACAAGUACUUGUGCCAAAACCUUAGAGACGUACAUGUAUUCGUCUUGAUGCCUGCCAUUGCGUCAACCAGCAGUGGAAAUGAUAAAUGCAAGGCACAAAUUGUCAAGGCUCUGGGCCUCUGCUGUGUGGAGACAUACCAGCCUUGGUUCAGUCAGUCUUUGACAGAGGUUGCUGCUUACUACCUGAAACAAAUUUAUAGAAAAUUGAAAAUGCAAGACUCACACAUUGGUCUGGCAGGAGCAAUGGCAGGAGUCCACCAGUCUGCGUAUCAGUAUGCUUCUGUCCUUCUAACGACACAGCCUUUCAGUCCUUACACAUAUAUGGCGUUCAUUUCCCACUUUGCUUACCUCUGCAAAUUAAUGCUCAACGAAUUGGAGAGCCGAGUCAACAGAUUGAACACUUGCCUUUCUCAUUUGGAUGCCCUGGACAACAUAGCCAUGGAGGAAAGACAGGAAUUGAUGAGAAUGCAGAGAAUAGUUGAUGAAAAACAGGCGUGUGUGAAUGUUUUCCGCGAAGCCAUAGAUGAACAGAAGCGUUUGCUUGAAAAAGCUAAAAGGAAACUUGCUAAAAAGGAACGAAUGAUACAACUACUGGAAGACCGUAUUGCUGAAUCUGAGGACGAGCUAAGUCCUUAUUUCAAAGCAGCAUUCGAUGCAAUCCAUUAUCUGGAUCCGCUAGACCUCGCGGAGGUAGGCCACUACAGAGAUCCACCUGAUGGAGUGGUGCUCGUCAUGAAUGCUGUUCUUUUGCUCUUUGACCGUCCAUUUGGCUGGGAAAAUGCAAAACUACUCUUCUUACAGUGCAAUUUGUAUAAGUGCCUGGAAACCUUUGACUUCUACAGCCUUCCGGACAAAGACUUGAUACGACUUGCUGAGAUAGUUAAAAACCCCAUUUUCCUGCCUGAGUUAAUCCGCGAUGUCAGUAACGCCUGCGAGAGUCUAUGCCGAUGGUUACUGGCGAUCCACAACUGCGGCACUGUGUGCUAUCAGCUUAUGGUCAGGAAGCAGUUGGACUUGAUGCUCCUAAGGAUGAAAGCGCAACUUGAGGAGAUCAAAGAGUACAUAAAGGAAAUAUACAUUCGCCUCGAAGAGCUCAGAGCUCAGCAGAAGCCUAUGCAGGAAUUGCUGGAAGAACAACUGCUGCAGCUACAUGAAGAUGAGUGCCAGGAGAGAAAGGCCGGUAGAUCUGUGGAAUUGUUGUUGAAACACUCAAGAAUGUGGAGGGCUUGCGCUCAGGAUUUACAAAUCCAAAGAGAAUGCUUACCAGCAGACGCCAUGGUCCUGGCUGGUAUCAUCUCAUAUUUAGGCGCCUUUGCAUCAGACGUACGCAACGAAUUGCUGAGCAAGUGGAAGUCGUUGUGUCAGACAGGACAUAUCGACCCUAACCCGAAAGACCCCAGAAGUUCCCUGUUUGCCACCAGCGACCCAGAAUCACAGCAGCCACCCGCAGGUUUUCCAGUGGCUGUCUCCGAUGAACUGCAGCCUGUUUUGCGUCGAGUGUUGGGUGUGAAAGAGUGGCCUGACAAUGAGCCGGCAACCACUAGAUUAUUAGUGAAGCUGCUAUUGUGGGGCUGCACGAGGAGUUGGGUUAAAUACUGGCCUUUACUGGCUGACACCCAACAUCAUUUGGAGAUCAACUUGAAUAGUGGGAUCAUUACAGGCGAAACAGGGAAUGAUCACACUUUGGGGAAAGAGUUUAAGUGUGACUUAGUCAUGUGUGCUGAUGAUCCAAAGCUAAUUUGUCAGUUGGAACUGGCUGCUGAGAAAGGCUUGAAAGUCCUGGUAACACACAUAGAAAGAGUAUCAGUCACUCCACAGUUUCUUGCUAUUUUGGCCCGACCUGCUGCGAGUUGCCCUCUGGGGUCAAAACAGACUGCCCAGCAGACCCACCCGGAGUUCUUCCUCUUGCUUAGUACCCACUAUCCCGCACGACUCCUCAGCAGCGCCAUCCAUCCGUCCGUGCUGGCUCAGGUGGAUGUGAUUGACCUCUCGCCAAGCUCGGAUCAGAUCCAGGAGCUUAUGCUGACGCAGCUACUGCAGUCUGAGUGCAAAGUGCUGCUGAUUCAACACCUUCGGAUGGAGAAUGACAAGCAGGUGAUACAGAAGAAGCUGGUCGUGGAGGAGGACUGUAUCAUGGACUUCAUUCUGCAGUCCGACACCACACGAAUGCAAGAUACUGAGUUCCUCACCGAAGUGACUGAGAUCAAAGAAUCAAUGGCUUACAGUCAGACUGAGUUGCAGCUGGUCGAUGAGAUUCAGGAGUACCACAAGCACCUGCUGACCGCCCCCGAGCAGCUGAUAAAGUUGGCUUGGCUCUUCUACCAGGCUUUGCAGGAGGUGUCCCGACUUUCCCCCGCCUAUUACUUUUCAUUAUCGAACUUCAAUGCAAUCAUGCAGGAGGUAUUCACCGACAAGGCCGGCAGGCUCAUAUCAUAUGGCACCGGGGCGGUGAUACGGGGACUGAUACCAGAGUUAAGGAACAGGAUGGUGUCAAAAUUAAUGUUCUACUACAGACCGUUUCUCUUUAGAGGCCACUGUGCGGUUUUGAGGCAAUUGUUGACUUUGGCUGUUAUGCAGACAAAACAACUCUGCUCUCCACCAGAGAGGACUGCUUUCCUUUUGGGAUUCAAUGAUAUUCUUGCUCCUCAAGCUCCAAAUCAGGUUGUCCCUGACCUCUGUUUAGAAACGAUUCCUGCCUUCAGAGGUUUAAACGCUUCUCUGAGUGCUUCACGCAAGGAAUGGCAAGAGUACCUGAGCUUGCCGUUCUCCGUCAUAGCAGGACCGGUUCCUUCUGAAGCUCACUCCGAUCUGUCCUUGAUUCAAAGGGCUCUCCUCUUCAAGACCCUACGCCCGUUCUCCACAGAACAGUUAGCUAACGCUAUGGCAGCCAGCCAGUUCCGCCAACCUGGCCACACAUCAAUUCCUCACUGCGGGAACCCUAGGGCGCUUUAUAGAUUUUUUGAGGAGAACAAGGGACCAAUCAUCCUAACUUGGGCUUGUCCAUCCAAAGAUAAAUGGAUAAGCAUUCAGCCUCUUCACUUAAUCAAACUAUUGGCGUUCAAGGCCGAUGCAAUGCCGGUGAGAGUCAUUUCAGUCGGAGGACUUAGUAAUAUUGAUAUCAUCAUGGUAGCUUUGGAAAACGCAGUCAAAGACGGCCACUGGUUGGUGUUUAAUAACUGUCACCUACUGGAGAAAUGGGAUGCUAAACUAGUGGCACGUUUCAAUCAGCUGUUUUCCCCUUUUGGAGCAACAAAACACUGGAAUACUCCUCACUCAGAUUUCCGACUUUGGUUUCUAACUGAAGAAACGACUCAGUCCUUCUUACCUGCAAUAGUGCGAAUGCAUGCCCUGGCUGUAGUUUGUGACUCCUCCUGGAAUAUAAAGGAAGAGCUGAGCUGCUCUUUGCAGUAUUUGUCAUUUAUCGCUAAGAGAGGCUCAGAAAACUUGAGCGACAACACGGAGCUCCUUCUACGUUGUGCGACCUUCCACUCCGUGGUGUUACAGAGAGAGGCCUACAAAUGCACGGGCCAGCCCAAAAUCAACAGUUGGAGCCAAUCAGACCUUCUGGCUUUGGUGGAUGCGCUUAUUUCUUCUGCCAGUCUGUGCCAUGAUAAAACUAAAGCGUUACAAUACAUAGCAGGCAACCUCAUUCAUGGCAGUCACACGGUGGAGUCGACAGAUUGUGAGGUAGUGCAGAACACUGCUGAAACCUGCUUCUGCACAGCACCACCUGUGGCCAGUGGGCCUCACUUUCUCGCCAAUAUCAUCAGCAGCACCGAGCACCGUGAUCUUGCCAAACUCCCACGAUUGUUGGUUUACCAGCUGCUAUAUUCCAUCAACAUCAGCGAGCCUCUUCUGUUGGGUUUUAGUGCUGACAUGGAAGCUGAAAUAGUGAAAGUCAACAGUCACAAUCUCAACAAGAUGCUUCAGGCUUCCCAAGUUCCUCCUUCGCAAGCCGUACAUUCAAGCAGCGCUUUAGCGACGCUGCCGGAACUCAGCCAGGCUCGAGAGCGGCUACACGAGCUUCAGGAAUACCUCACGCAUCAAAAUGAAAUCCGAUCGAGAAACGCCGGCGCUGUUUUCCAAAGUCCCCUUUAUGACUUUCUCCUGACUGAGUGGCAAGAACUGAACGGCUCCGUAUCUUCGCUGCUCUGUCUUCUCCAACAGCCGCAUCGAUACCUCACGGAAACCUUCCUAUCCCUUCCCACGCUCACCGCCUUGUCGCGUUUGCAGAGACGGGCGGAACUGCUAAGUGCUUACCUGUGGCGCGACAACGAUUCGGCAACUCGCGCUACCUACCGAUUGUCCGCUUUUGCUAACGCCAAAGGUCUUCUUGUUGCGCUUAUGAGAAAGGCGGCGCAGACGCAUCACAAGUACCUCAGCGAUAUCGUUCUGCAUCUUGGGGUUCGUGACGAUCCAUUAUUCACACCACCUCCUAAGGACGCAGUGUACUUGUGUGACCUGGAUCUAAAAGGAGCCUCGUGGAAUGCGGAGAGAGCAGUCUUAGAAAACACACUUUCACCGCAACCCUUCGCCAUGCCUCUAAUAUGCGUCAGAGCACACGUGAAAGAUGCACCGUUACAGCAUUCUCGGAUGCCCGAUCAAGUUUAUCACUGUCCGAUUUAUGUGGAGGACAUGGACACAGGAGAGGACAACCGAAAUGACUUAUGUUUGAUCACAACAGUUCCGUUCGCUAGCGAGUUAGAGCCAUCCUUGUGUAGUUUGCGAAAAGUUCGGCUCGUGAGUAGGCUGUCUGCGACAUCUGAGGAAUAA